AUGGAACGUAACGUUGUAGGUGUUGUAAACAACCAGUUCCAUGCUCACCGAAUCGUCGUGGGUGUUGUAAUCCUCAAACGUGCUUUUUCCUCUUCAGCGGCAAAUGCUACCAAAGUAGCUGUCCUUGGUGCCGCCGGAGGUAUCGGACAACCACUUUCGCUUCUUCUCAAGCAUAACGAAUCAAUAUCUCAUUUAGCUCUUUACGAUAUUGUGAAUGCACCCGGUGUUGCUGCUGACUUAAGCCAUAUCAACACCCACAGCAAGGUCACUGGUUACUCUCCUGAUAACGAUGGUCUUAAACAUGCCGUCACAGAUGCCACAAUAAUUGUUAUUCCAGCUGGAGUUCCUCGUAAACCUGGCAUGACUCGUGAUGAUUUGUUUAAUACUAAUGCAGGAAUUGUCAAAGAUUUAGCUACAGCAGCUGCACAAUAUGCACCUAAAGCGUUUAUGGCAGUCAUAUCGAAUCCUGUUAACUCUACAUCUAUGAUCCAAAAAGUUACGACGUUGGAUGUUGUCCGAUCAUCUCGUUUUGUAUCCGAAUUAAAGGGUACCGAUCCUAAAAAUGAGAAUAUCUUGGUAGUCGGUGGACAUUCUGGUGUGACCAUCAUCCCCCUUAUAUCUCAAUCUGGCGCGAAAUUCACCGAUGAUGAAUUGAAAGCUCUAACGCAUAGAAUACAAUUCGGUGGUGACGAAGUGGUUAAAGCCAAAGCCGGAACUGGUUCAGCAACACUUUCUAUGGCUUUCUCAGCCUCUCGCUUCACCAACUCUCUACUUCGAGCACUAAAUGGCGAAAAUGGUGUCGUUGAGCCUGCUUACGUGAGAUCACCUUUAUUUGAAUCUAAGGGAGUAGAAUAUUUCGCAUCAAACGUUGAAUUAAGUCGUGAAGGUGUGGGUAAAAUUCACGAUUUAGGACCAUUGAGUCAAUAUGAAAAAGAUCUUUUAGAGGCAGCUUUACCUGAACUGAAGAAAAAUAUCGCCAAAGGAGUUGAUUUCGUUCAUAAACAAUAA